CCGAGCCCCACGGUGACUCUCAACGAUCUACACUGCAAUUCACUCGCACUCAAAAGGUUGCCAAAUGCCGUAUCCGCAGCUGCAACAAGAUUCAAAAGAUGUGGACACACGAGAAACGAUAGCAGACGCCGCGGACAGGAUCUUUCCCAAAUAUCUGUCUUUGACUGAAGAGCUCUUUGUCAGCUUCGAAGCACUCGCACAGCCUUCACCGUUACCACCGCCCUCUGAGCUAGAACCUCUGUCGGACGAACCUUUUGAUGCCCUGCAAACUCUCCUUCCUGCAUCCGAUGAAGAAGAUCGGCCGUCUGAUUAUGUAUCUAUGCAGUCAUCCAAUUCCAAUACCACAGUGCCUGAGCACCCCACCGAGAUUUUACGAAAGCUCUUGGCCCUGGACUCGCAGCUACAGGACUUUGUCAACCGAUUAGAGCAGCACCAGAAUACUCAACGCCAAAUAGAGAGCGUCCGACUACAGUUAUUGGACCAGGAGGUUGGGAUCAUGGAAUUUUCACGACGUCUGGGGGAAAAACAGGACGAUCUGGAGGAGCUUGUGACCGUGGCCAAGGAAACAAUCGAAGCAGCGAGUAAGGCACACGAAGCUCCAUUGAACAUUAACGAGAUUAUAUCAUACGCUUCACGUGUAUCAAAGUACACUAUGGCUUCCGACAACGCCGCAAGGCCGCACGAACCACCUGUACCUCAAGACAUCCACAUGCGCGCGAGUUUGCUGUUCCAACAAGGCCAUGCAGUUGACACACAUGCAGAAGAAAAAGCAUCAGACGAGGUUUCAGAUGUCAUUUCACAUUUUACCUUUAUGAGCCAACCAUUGUCAUCACCCAAAAAGGAAGAGCCCGAUCGAGCUCAUACGGACCAUGCCGAUUUGUUAGAUUUGGAAUUGUAAUAUCAAAUCUAUCUUUUCUCAAUCCUGUCAUGUCAUGAUUUCUGUGAACCGCUAUAGUAGAUGGUACUUGCAAGAAAGGUUGCAAAGCACUGUUCUUGACACUAUAGCAACUGUAUUUUAAAUGACAUCAUUCAGUUUUGUGAAUGCCA